AUGUUAAAAGUAGAAGUCAAAGAAUGCUAAAAAAAUGACCAUAAAGGAUUUUAAAUUGUAGCUGUAGAUCUUUCAGAAUAAUUUAACAAAGAAAAUGAUUAAAAAAGGUUUUAUUGUGUGAAAUGCCUAAUUGAAAAGAUAGGAUCCAAAAAAAUUAUUUUGUAUGAAGAAGCUAUAAAAAAAGGAGAAGAUGUAGAUAAGGAAUUAAAGAUAAAUACAGAAUAAUAAAAAAAGCAGUAGUUGGAGAAUAUAUAAAAAAUGAGAGAAAAAAUCAAAAUUGUUGGAGAAAAUCUUUAGUAACCUUUAGGAGCUAUGGAUAAAUAAAUAGAGUAAUAUAUCACUAAUUUGUAAAACUAAUUGGAAGCAAUUCCAGAACCUUCAACAAUCCAAAAUAAUAUUAAAUUAUUAUCAGAUUGUUAGAAAGAAGAUGGUUAAUUCUCAAGUCCUUAACCUAAAUUAGACAAUAAAGAGUUAGUGGCUUUAAUAAACUAGAUAAAUAAAUUUUUUGACUUAAUAAAGAACAAUGAAUAAUUACUUGAAACAAAAAAACAUAUGCAUUAAGUGGUAUAGUAAAGUUAAAUUAGUUAAGAGCCAUUUUAAUCAAAUGUAAGUAUUCUUUUAAUUUAAUAGACAACACCAGCUUUAAGUAUGAUAUGCGAAACUCAUUAAAGGGAGAUUAUAAUGCUUAAUUUAAGUCAAGUAGAAUUUGAGGAAAAAAUUCCAUUUUUAUGUGUCGAUUGCAUACAAAAUUGUUGUGCUGAAAAUAAGGCUAUUUCUAGUAUCAUAAAUCUAACUGAGGCUAAUAAAAAAUGGAAAAAGUAUUUAGGAGAAUAGGAUGAAAAGAGAUUCUAAAGACAAGCAAGAUUUAAUUAGGCGAUAGGAAUUAUAAAAAAAUUAUAAGAGAAGUACAAUCAAGAAUUAUGUAAAAUUAUUUAAUCCUUGAAUGAUCAAAUAACAAAAGAACCAUAAGGAUAUGAAAAACUUUAAAAAUUAAAAAAUAUUUCUUUGUUUUAAUAAGAAAAACAAAAUCUUCUUUAUAUAAUUGAAAUUCUUGGUCAAACAGAAAAGUAGAAAAAUUAGGAAAAAAAUUAAAAUUAAGAGGAUUUUAAAUUUUAUUAAAGCCAAAAGAAAUUAUUAGAAGAACUGAUUAAAGAAAAUUUAGUUGUAGAGAAUUAAUUAUAAUGGCUUUAGAAUUAUGAUUAAUGUAUUUUUUUUAAUGUUAUUUAGAACCCCAAAAAUCAAAUGAUGCUUCCAAAGAUAAGAUUGAGAAUGAUUAAGAAGUUAUAGAUUUUCUUAAAAAGACCACUAUUUAAGACUAAUAUUUAUCAUUCUUUGAAAUUUCAUUUAAUUCCUUAAAAACUUUUAAACAAGAAGAGUAAGAUCUGAAAUAAAAGGGAAAGUUAGAAAAAUUGUAAUAAUCUGAGGUUGAAACUUAAUCUUAAUCCCUUUUGAUAUUUUAAAAGUGGUAUAAAUAAUUUUAAGAUAACUAAGCAAAGUUGGAAAAAUUAAUGAAGGUUGAUGAAAUUGAAAAAAAAUUAACCUAAAUUGAAUAAGAAAAAUCACAAAUAUUAAUAGAAGAUAAAGAGAAUAAACAGAAGAUAUCAGAUUUAGAAGUGGAAAUAUAAGAAUAGUACAAAUCAUUUAUAUCAUCAUAAAAAGAAUAUUAGGAUAUAGAUUAAGCAUUAAUUAAAAAAAAUAACCUUGAAGAAUAGAUGUCAGAGUUAAAAUAAGUGUAUUCAAUUAUAACAACCAGCUGGCAAUAAGGAGAGUCAAAAUUAUUAUAAUCGGAAUUUGCAUAAAAAAUAUUCAAAUUUAUACAAGAAAAAACUAAAAGGGAAAUAAAAAAUAAAUACUUGAUAUAUUCUUCGGCAGAAUCUGGAUUAAAUAGAAAAACUUUUUGGGAUAGUGUUGAUAAAAAGUGUAAUUUAUUGAUGAUAUUUAAAUCUACAAGUCAAUAUAUAUUUGGUGGAUUCUCACCUUGUUAAUGGAUUUAAUCCAGUAGAUAAUACUAAGCUGAUGAAUCAUUGUCAUCAUUUUUAUUUUCUUAGACUUAAGAUUAAAUCUACCCUUUAUUAUCAAGUAAUUUUUCAUCUGCAAUCAUGAAUGAUGAUUCUUAUAUAUCAUUUGGAUAUUAAGAUAUUAAAAUCUCUUAUGAUUUUUAGAAUGGAUCAUCACUUUUAGGAGGUACAUACUAAUGUAACCAAUAUAAAAUUAACAAUUAUUAAAAUCAUUUAUUUGGAUAAGCUACACCUAAUAUAAAGGAAUGCGAAAUUUUAAUGAUAACAUUUAAAAAUAAAUGA